AUGCCAGGAGAAGAAAGAAAUAAGACGGACAUGCUAGGACGUAGUAGCCGACUAUUUGAAAAAAUUCCCAAAUUUGACGAACAAAUAGAUAACCUAGAUUCUUAUAUACGUAGAUUUGAGACCAUAGCGAUAUCCACAGACACCCGACAGGAACUUUGGGGACCGCAACUACUGACAUUAAUAGGGGGUAAAGGGCUAGAUGCAUGUCAGACCCUGACUGAAUCAGGCAUGAAAGAUUAUAAGACAUUAAAAAAGACUUUACUGGAAUUCUACGACUUUACAGAAGACGGUUACAGACGAAGAUACUACGCUACGAAACCCAAAGACGGACAGGAUUUUAAAGUUUUUGUUAAUGAUCUGACAACGACAUUCGAUAAAUGGUUUGACGCGACCGGUCUAGACAAAACUUUUAGUAAGCUCAAAGAGUUCCUCUUAAUAGACAGAGUACUAACUUUGUGUGACGGACAAUUAUUUGGAUUUAUACAAGAAAGACAACCCCGAGAUCUCAAAAGUUUGACAGAACUGUGGCAAAGGUAUAUGGCUGCUCAUCCGGACAAACGAGUAACUUGCCAGACUGAGCAACCUGACAUUGUAUUUGCCACUAGAAAUGUAUCGAAUAUACAAGUGGGGCAGCGUUCUCGACCCACACUUAGGCAACAGAAUGAUGGCAUGAGGCCUAGGAGUCUGUCCACUAUAGAAUCAAGGCGCUGUUUUGAAUGUGGCACGUACGGACAUAUAGCCAGAAACUGUAACAAUAGUCGACAGAGAAAUAGGGGAGGAAGAGGAGGCCUGCAUCAACAAGCGGGGUACAGAUCAGAUUACAAUAACAGAGCCUAUGUUGCAGUGCUUAACAAGGGUGAUGGGGAAGUUACUUGUUUCACUACGCUUGUAGGAGAGAAGAGAGCCUUGACUAUCAGGGAUACGGGAGCAACACUAAUCGCAGUCAGAGAUACAUUUGUCGAGAAAGACCAAUAUACAGGGACCUGGAAGCAGGUUGAGGUCUUUGGAGGACAAAGGUACAGCUGGCCGGUGGCUAAAGUGAUUGUAAAUACACCGUAUGUGAAAGGAGAGGUGAUGGCUGUAGUUUUUAAAGAUGGCCCAUAUGAUUUGAUCAUAGGUAACAUACAUUCACGAAUGCCACAUUUGGGAAAAGGUGAAAUCAACAAAUGGUGCAGAGAAGAAGUCCUAUUAAUGGAGACCAGACAACAAGCUAGACAAAGACAGAGAGAGGAGACUGAAGCAAAAACUUUGAUUAGUGACCACGGCAUAAUGGAGAACGCAACAGAUAUGUCUCUAGAAGAAAAUGGCAGUGUGAUUCGGGAGUCUCAUAGUGAGAGUCAAAUGUGGUCGCCAGAGGAGUUUCAAGAAGGGCAGAGGUCCGAUCCGUCACUAGAGAAAAUAUUUAAAUUUGCCAAAGAGAAAUCCGUGGUGAAGUCGAAAACAACGGAACAUUCGUUUCUGAUAAAAAACAACACGUUGGUACGGAAAUAUACAGAUACAAAGGGGGAGCUAAUACAGCUUGUGGCGCCACAAAAAUAUAGACCCCAAAUUUUGCAUCAAGCCCAUGACUUGUCAGUCGCAGGUCAUUUGGGUAUAUUAAAGACAAAACAAAGAAUCCAGACAGCCUUCUACUGGCCCAAUAUGACUAAGGAUGUAACAAAUUAUGUUAGGUCAUGUCAGGUUUGUAUGCUUAAAGACAAACGACCACCAAGACAGGCUCCAUUACAGCGAACAGAUCUAGCGGAGAAACCCUUUGAGAAAAUAGCCAUUGAUAUAGUGGGACCAAUGAACCCAAUGUCAGCCAGGGGCCAUCGAUACAUUCUCACAGUAGUUGAUCUCGCUACCAGGUGGCCAGAAGCUAUUCCUCUGAAGUCCACAACUGCUGAUGAUAUCACGUCGGCAUUGAUUAUGUUGUUCGCUAGAACGGGGCUCCCAGAUACCAUUCUAUCAGACAGAGGACCCCAGUUCGUAGCAGAACUAACCAAGCAAAUAACUGGCACACUAGGAAUUCAUCAAGUAUUUACCUCACCAUAUUGCCCUCAGAGCAAUGGGGUCUGUGAAAGACUGAAUGGAACAAUCAAAAGUAUACUGAGUAAGGUGUCGUCCGAGAAACCAGAAAACUGGGAUCUACUUCUUCCUUGCGUUUUGUUUGCGUAUCGAGAAAUACCGCAAACUUCCACAGGAUUUUCACCCUUUGAGCUAGUAUAUGGAGCAAAGCCUAGGGGCCCUAUAGACAUUCUGAAAACUUUGGUGUACAAACAGAACAUUGACCCCGACAGCCGCACCACGUACGAGAAAGUGAUAGAUCUCCGAAGCAGAAUCGUCACUGCAUGUCAGGCAGCGAGAGCGGCCCUAGAAGAAAGGGGGGAACUAGUUAGACAAAGAGUCAACAGAGGUCGAAAAUUAAGACCUUUUAAAGCCGGGCAACAAGUUAGGGUUCUUCUCCCUUCAAAAACAAAUAAAUUGCAACUAGCAUGGCAAGGGCCUUUUGCAGUCACGAAAAGGAUAUCCAAUGUGGAUUAUGAAGUUGAAAUUAGAGGGAAAAGAAAAAUUUUUCACUCAAAUAUUCUUAGUGAUUUUCACCUACGACCUUGCGAAUUAGAACUGGCCAACGACAAUGGUACAACUGAAUCGGCAUUGACAAGUGGCAUAGCUCAAAUAGCGUGUGCAUUUCUUUGUGAAGAAAAUGAUGGAGAUGACGUAGGUCCAGAAUUACCGCUACUCCCAAGAGAAAAAGAAGACUGGCAUGAUGUCAAAAUAGGAGCUGCACCACAUGGAGUUAGAAUGAAAAUACUGGAGGUGUUAGAGUCUUUUAAAGACAUAUUAACUCCUACACCAGGAAGAACAACGACAAUUAGACAUGACAUAAAGUUAACGUCGACAAAACCGAUUAAGUUGCGGCCAUAUGACAUCCCAUUACAUCACAGAGAUGCAGUGCUAAAGGAAAUACAUGAGCUACUGGAAGAAGGAAUCAUCGAGAGAUCGGACUCACCCUACUCAGCACCAAUUAUUAUUGUAAGAAAAAAAAAUAAGGACGAGAUAAGAUUAUGCGUAGAUUACCGUCACCUCAACAAAGUAACAGUGCCAGAUUGUGAACCCAUGCCAAAUCCAGAAGAUUUGUUUGUUAAGUUAGCACAAGCAAGAAUUUUCAGCAAGUUAGAUUUGUCUCGGGGAUAUUAUCAGAUACCCUUUACAGAAAGAGCGAAGCCACUCACCGCCUUCAUCACGCCGUUUGGACUCUACCAUUGGAACUACAUGAGCUUUGGCCUCUCCAAUGCACCGUCCACCUUCAACAAACUAGUUCGAAGAGUGCUUGAGGGUCGUACAGAUGUUGUAGCUUAUUUGGAUGACAUCUGCUUAUUCCACAACAGUUGGGAGGAGCAUGUAGAGGGCAUACAAUCCCUGCUAUUGUUAUUGAGACAGCAUGGUUUGACGGCCAGACCCAGUAAGACAGAGGUUGGAAUGGGCGAAAUCCAAUUUUUAGGGCACGUCGUUGGUAAAGGUCAAUUAAAACCUGUCCAUGGAACGGUGCAGAAAAUUUUAGAGCUGAAGACGCCUACAUCACUUAAAGAAGUGCGAGCUUUGAUAGGUCUUUGCAACUAUUAUAGGAAGUUUAUCCCAAAUUUCGCGUCUUUGUUGGAACCUAUCACUUCUUUAACGAGAACAAAGACUUACGGGAGAAACACAGACACAGAGCUCAGGACAUCCAAGAAGCUCACAUGGAAUGAUGAAUGUGAGCAGGCCUUGCAGAACUUGAGACAGGCCUUUCAGAUGGAACCUAUUCUGAAAUUGCCUGAUGUAUCAAAGCCUUUCACCCUUUUUACUGAUGCCUCAUCCGUUGGCUUAGGAGCCUGCCUUAUGCAGGAAGUACAUGGUGAUUUACAUCCAGUAUUAUAUUCCAGCAGAAAACUGUCGGAAACAGAAAAAAGGGAGAACAAACUAAAGUACACACGAGUGAACUACACACAAGUCAACUACACACAAGUCAACUACACACCAAUCAACUACACACCAAUCAACUACACACAAGUCAACUACACACCAAUCAACUACACACCAAUCAACUACACACAAGUCAACUACACACCAGUCAACUACACACAAGUCAACUACAAACAAGUCAACUACACACCAGUCAACUACACAACAGUAAACUACACACCAGUCAACUACACACCAGUCAACUACACACAAGUCAACUACACACCAGUCAACUACACACCAGUGAACUACAAACAAGUCAACUACACACCAGUCAACUACACAACAGUAAACUACACACAAGUCAACUACACACCAGUCAACUACACACAAGUCAACUACACACCAAUCAACUACACACCAGUGAACUACAAACAAGCCAACUACACACCAGUCAACUACACAACAGUAAACUACAUACAAGUCAAUUACACACCACAGUCAACUACACACUAG